AUGAUUUUUUUCCUUAAAGCUGUACUGUGCGCUUUUUUGGUGAAGGCCAUUGCAAAAUCAGCGGUCCCCACAAAAAGUGGCACUGAUGCUAGAAAACCACAGUGUAACGUAAACAACUACUUUUAUGCUGGACCGAAUACUAAGAAGAUCGAACAACAACUGGCCGAAAUCAGAGAAGAAAUCAAGGAGCUUAAAGAAAACCGAACUGGUGGUGGCGGUUCUAGCGGCAAAGGUAUUUCUUUGAACAUCGUCCCUGUUUUCACUGUCUUGUAGCGCUCUGAUCCUAGCGAUUCAGUACUUUCUUUUAAGCGCGCUUAUCGUCUGCAAACGAUUCAUCACUUGACUGUGUUUCGGUUCACGGCUUAACAGCAGCUCGGAGGUUUUACGACUUUUAAAAACGGCCUACUUGCUGAUGGGCAAGCGAAAUAAGUGCCAAUGAGUGCGUACAUUCAUCUUAUAUUGGUCUUUAUUAGCCCCGGUUCAACGAGGGUCGUUUUAAACUUUAGGAUGAGUAAGUAAAGCCCACUAUUCCAUAUCCACUGUGGAAGAGAAGAGCCCAAAACCAUCAGCAAGAGAAUAAUAAGCUGUUCAUAAAUUUGCGUAUAAGUAUCCAAUAAGGUUAAAUAUAGGACUGUCAUAUCAUCAUAUCACUAGUACAAGUCUCGUGCGGAAAUUCACACCAAUCCGAUUUUCGCUACAAUUUUCUUUUUCCAAUAGUCGUAAGCUUUUCACUGGCCAUUCUAUUUUCAGUUUACGAGAACUGUGCCGAAAUUUACCAGUUCGGUAUAAAGAUCAAUGGAGUGUACAAAAUCAAUCCUGAUGGUUUGGGCGAAUUUGAAGUGUACUGUGAUCAGAAAACUGCUGGUGGAGGUUGGACAGUUUUCCAGAAGAGGCAAGAUGGCUCUGUGGAUUUUUACCGCAAUUGGGACGACUACAAACGAGGCUUUGGUAAUCUGAACGGCGAGUUUUGGCUCGGACUGGACAAGAUUCAUCGCCUGACUGUAAGCGGCAGUUACAAGCUUCGCGUGGACUUGGAAGAUCUUCAUGGCAGUACAGCAUUUGCAGAGUACAGUUCAUUUGCUGUCACGAGCGAGAGGGUGAAAUACAAACUGAGUUUGGGCAGUUAUUCAGGUACUUCUUUUUAUGACACUUCAGUAUACGAUUUUCCGCCCAAGAUAUCGAAUAUGAAGAAAGCACCACGUAUAAGGCCUUUUACCAUUCGCCCGUUUCUCUUCUUUACCCAAAGAAAAGCCUUAGUCUGGUUAGUGCCCAGUCUACAUGCAGCAUCGUCCCCAGAUCAGUUCCUGCUAUUCGAAUACGGUUCUUAACAUGCCACGACGGCGACGACAACGAGAACGUCAAAAAGCAGUUAGUUAAGAUUGGCAAAACAACAACUCUGCAUGUGCAUCACGCUUUUUUCUACAUUUCUUUGCCGUCGCUGACACUGUUCGACUACGACGGGAUAAUCAUGCCUAAUUUCACGUUUUUAUGGAGGACGUAAACAAGCGAUGACUAAAUUUCCCUUCUGUUUCUGAACUUAAAUAGGGUUCUAUAUUAAGAAUUCGGAUCAAAAAAUAGUUCGUUGCAUUUGACAAAGUAAAUUAGUUGGAUUCAUCGCGAGAUAAAUAAUGGUAAUUGAACUGAGUGGAGUGCAAUUUGGUCUGAAAUCAUACGCGUGAUUUCAAAAUCGAACGAGCGCGCAGCGCGAGUUUGAUUUGAAAUCACAAGUAUGAUUUCAGACCAAAAUUGCACGACACGAAGGUCAAUUACCACUUUAUUACAUCCAUUUUGAAAUCGCAGAAUUUAGUCAGUACUAAUAUUUUAUUGGUCGAGUAGCCGGUUUGUUAAAAAGCCGAAACAAAAAGGCUUUUACAUCUCACUUUGUAUUCGAAACAGAAAUGAUGCGAUAUAGAACAAAAAUGGUGCGAUUUAAAACAGAAAUGAUGCGAUUUAGAACAUGAAUGACGCGAUUUGGAACAGAUGUGAUUUAGAGCAAAAAAUGGUGCGAUUUAGGAAUAAAUCACACUGCUGAGAGCCAAUCAGAUUGCACGGAUAGCCAGUGAUUUCAAAGUGGAUGUAAUAAAGGUUGAAAGAACCCAAAUUCACCUUUCGAGCGACGUCUUCGUGGCCGUCGCCGUCGCCGUCGUGGUAUCUUAAACCCCCUAAUGAUCGGAUGAGGCUGGGAACCGAACGUCCAGGGCGAAUACUGCCGACACACUUAAAAGGGGACGUCCCAUCACAACUCGCCGAGGACGACUGGUAAUGAUACUGGGCUAUGUGAAAGAAAAUGCAAAUCUAGACCGACUAUAAUUCACGGUGGUGGUGGUGUUGUCUGAUCUUUUUUUAAGGUACCGCUGGAGAUUCCCUUACGUAUCACAGAGGAUAUCCAUUUACCACCAAAGAUCGUGACAAUGACAGUGGCGGUAGUAACUGUGCCGUGCAAUAUAAAGGCGCCUGGUGGUAUCAGGAUUGCUACAGCUCCAACCUGAAUGGUUUGUAUCUUCACGGAAAGGACAGUACUCAAGGAAUGCCAUGGAAAACAUGGAAAAAUAACCACUACUCAGUGAAGAGAUCUGAGAUGAAGAUACGUCAAAAGGAUUUUUAA